UGUGUUGAUAAUGCAUAAAUACCCAGCCAUUGGAAUGGUGAAGGGCUGAAGCAAAGUUAUACCAAGCUUUUCCUGAAGAGUCCAGGAUGUCUUCCAUUCCUUGUCUUACCCUGCCCUCUGGGCAUAAGAUGCCUCAGCUUGGCCUGGGGACCUGGCUGUCUCUUCCAGAAAACAUUCCAAAAGCUGUUGAACAGGCACUCGAAUGUGGCUAUCGGCACAUUGACCUUGCUCCUCUUUAUGAGAAUGAGAAAGAAUAUGGUGAAGCUAUUGAGAAGGCUCUGAAGAAGGGUCAAGUGAAGAGGGAAGACCUUUUCAUUGUUAGCAAGCUGUGGAACAGUUUCCAUGCUCCUGAAGAUGUGAAGACAGGUUGCCUGCAAAGUAUGAAGGACCUACGAGUGGAUUAUCUGGAUCUAUACCUAAUGCACUCCCCAAUGGGCAUCAAGAAUGUCAAGGGGGAACUUAUGCCCCUGAAGGAUGGCAAAGUGAUUUUCACUGAUGUUGAUUAUGUGGAUACAUGGAAGGCAAUGGAGAAGCUUGUGGAUGAAGGCCUGGUGAGAAGCAUUGGGGUGGCCAACUUUAACAAGUCUCAAAUGGAGAGGUUGCUCUCUUGUGCGAGAAUUAAACCCUGUGUCCUCCAGGUGGAGCGGCAUUGUUACCAGAACCAGAAGGAGCUGACUGCCUUCACCAGGACUAACAAGAUGGUCAUGACAUGCUACAGCCCCCUGUCAUGCCCAAAGACUCCUUUCCGUCCACAUAAAUGGGAACCUAAGAAUGGCAUGGAAGACCCAGUGGUGAAGGAAAUUGCUAAGAAGCAUGGAAAAUCUCCUGCUCAGAUUUUGAUCCGCUAUAACAUACAAGCUGGCCUAGCCACUAUUCCCAAGAGUGAAACACCUGCUCACAUUAUCGAGAACGCAAAGGUCUUUGACUUCUGCCUCACCGAUGAUGAUGUUAAAAAGCUGGAAUCUCUCCAUUGUGGGGCACGGGCUGUUCCCUGGGACAUCCAUGGGUUGGGCGAGCAUAAGUACUACCCGUUCAAGUAAUUCUGCAAGUGAUGCCAUUCUUUCCCACAAUCUUAACGGCAGGGAAAUGCCAAAACAGCUUUUUGCAUUUUAUAUCUAGCACAGCCAAGUUAAUUUUGCUAAUGCAGUAACUCCAGGUCUUCUCUGGGUGAUGGAACAACAGCAAAAGAAACAUCAGCGGUCAGUGAUGAAAGGAUUUGAGUCUCUAGGGAGAUCUGGAAGGGGACCAGAUCUGCAUCCAAUGUUCAGUUGACCCUGAUAUCUGCUUGUGCUGGACCCCUCCAUCCUCUAAUCCAUCCACACAUCUCUGCAAAGCAGGGCGUGGCACCAACCUCACAGGGAGCGCUGCAGUGUUGAGGCCAGCAUGUCCCAGAGAAAAAGGAACCUCCUCUUGGGACAUUUCUUGUAUCUGCAAUUUAGCAGCAAAACGCCAAAUUAAGAGGAGGAGGAAGCAGCUAAGCAGACACAACCAGAGAAAUGUACUUUCAGAAAGGGCAAAUUGAAUUGUAAAAGAUAGAUUUUUAUACACAAAUUGAGCUUGCUUUUUUCCUUUUUAAAAGGCACUGUCAUUUUUAUAUGGUGAGAAAUGCUUUGCAAGUUUUUCUGGAAAUGCUCCUUCCGCUUGUCUAAAUAAAACAACUGCCUUUGCCAAA